AUGACAGAAGACGACCUGCGCUAUCGCAAGCCACGACAACAGAGAGGAAGUCCAGAAGAUUCCGUCAACCACGCCGGCACCACUGCCUUGCUUUGCUGGCGCAGCCGACUUCUCGGUUGGUGUCCGGAGGCUGCCUCAGUGCACGUUAGCCACCCCAACAAAGGGAAUAGUGUCAUUCAACGGUUCCGUGGAGGUGAGGUGCUGCCUUGCCGGCCCGCAGCCCCGGUGCCACGGACACCUGCUGUUGCUGUCGACCCGCAUGCCGUUUUGAUAGACGCCCUGAAAUUGGCGCCCGCUGCAGACUUAUGCGCAAUACCGUCCCGUGGUAUGUGCAGGGUGCGCCCCCGGCCAUGUUCAGGUCCAAGGCUACUAGGUGCCCUUGGCGCGGGUGCUCCAUACGCGCGGCUUUCGUUGCGGCUCUCGACUUGCCCACACGGCCCCAGCGGACGCCGUCAGUGGCCAUCACCCGAAUCCAAACGGCGCCGUGGCGUCAUGGUCCCGAUCUCGGCCAGAUGGAUUGAAAUGCCGGCCGCCAGUAGCGGGCGGAAGCCGGCCCGGCAUGAGCCAAGGGUUGGGUGA